AAUUAUUGAGGCUUAAGGCGUGUGCAGAAUCACGUUUCAUCAGAGACAUAUAUGUCUCUGGUUUCAUGGACAAAAAACAGCUUUAUGUUCUGUGACAGCCGUUGCCUGUAACACAUAAAGAUAGCAUUCUCUCCAGACACUUUAUGUUAACAACAUGUAAACAUGUCAAUUAACUGGAAUGUUCCUUUGAAAAAUGGAAAAGAUGUAUUCUUCACUGAGGAAAGUUUCAACAUAUUUAACAACUUCGUUACAUUUGAAGAACGAUUUCUGAAACGUUUGGAGGAUCAUGAUGCAAGUAAGGAUUAUGGCAGUCUCCAAAGCAAGUCGUCUGAGGUAAAACAGGAAUCGGUCACGCCAUUAAACAUAAAAAGGGAAACUGUUGGGAAGCAAACAUCCCAUAAUAAGCAGCCUACAGAUGAUAGAAAACAAAAACUAUUUACAAAAGAAGAAGAUGCUCAGUCAAGUUUGAAACUUGCUGUACACAUCACCAAAGGUAGACUACCACCACCAAGGAAAUCCUCUCUGUGCCAUGAAGACCAGAAGUUGUACCUGUCUCUGUACAGUAAAUAUGGUGGUCAUUCUCCCGCUGACCCAACAGAGGAAGAGAUCACUGAGCUCAACAAACUUAAGGUGCUGCAGUUAGUGGUGAAAAAGGAACAGGAUGAAUACCACACAUACGCACUGUCUCUCGCCAAGGCUCUGGAGGCUGAGUAUCGCUACAUGGAUACUGCAGCCAGGAAAUAUAUAGAGACACGGCUGUCCGCUCGACGUCAGGAAGUGGAGAUGUAUCCGAGUCAAUACAACAUCGUCAGUAGCUUCCCCCUAAAGGGCACUGGCCAGGCUUCACAACUUACCUACAUAAAACCUCUCCUUAACCUGGGUUCAGUACCAAAAAUGAUCAUUCCAACAGUUACAUAUGAUCGAAGACAUCAACUUAGUGUAGAUGCUGCUGUUGUCAGUCAAGAAAAUCCUGUCGGGUGUUACAAAAAUAAGGAGGCCAGCUGGAAUCAUGAGGCAUGCAGUUUGGAUCAGAAUGCUGAAAUCCUGGCUGUCCAGCAUCGAGGACACAUUGUGAUAUCGCCUGGGGCUCUUAUGUGUCUCGUGGACAACCAUGUUCCUGACUACAAUAGGGACUGGGAACUGCCUUUCAGUGUUAAGGAGUAUGAUGUCAUAGAGGGGGAAAGGAAGGUGAGACACAGAAUCGUGUACAUUGACAAGCCAUUGCCAUCCUCAAAAGUCACAGAGAGGGCCAUGAAUACAAAAUUUUACAAGUUUCUCCUCCACCAUAUUUUCUGUCCUCAUCAAUCAAAGGAUCAGAAUCUUGAUAAUAUCAGCUCUGGUGUGGACACUGCAUCAAGAAAAACUGAGGACAAGAGGCCAAAGGGGGAGGAAAAAGGAUCUCUAGACAAACAAGCUCCUGACACACAGCUGGGAGACAUCUUUGAUAUUGGAAAAUCUUCUAUGGAAGAAGUGGAAACAUUUGGAGCAUCAAGUUUUGAAUCUUUUGCCAAAAAGAAAAAAAAUGAAAAAACCAACAGCAGUCAUCCUGGAAAUUCAGAACCCAUGGAUAAGGUAGGGAAAGCUAUCACAUCCAGAAAAGUUGAUCAGGGUUCGUUUGACAUAUUUAGUGACCAAACAGCUGAGGAUAUCGAAACAUUCGGAGUUGAUAUUUCAAAAUCUUCAAAGAAGACAUCAAGAUCUAAAGAGAAAUGCAAGGAGACAGAGCAGAAUAUUGAAGGCAACAAUGUCAUAGAAAUUCCAGCUGCAACAUCUACAGAAUCAACAUUAUCUACUAGUUCAGAUGUUUCUCUUACACUCACUACACAGAAGCCAUCCACACCAGUUAGCACACUAUCAGCGCCUGUUACUGGGACACCAUCCAAAACAGUUAGCAAAGUGGCAGAAUCGACUUCAUCUUUGGGUGCUAAUGAAGAAUCUAAUUCAUUCUCUUGUGAUGGAUUAAGUAGUUCUGGAAAUAAAGAUACCCAAUGUAGCAUUGUUAGUAAGGAAACUUUAGAUAAUGUUACUCUAACACAAUCUAGUCAUGCUACUGCAGACACAACAGAUGAUAGUGUUACUAUGGAAACAUCAACAGGUAGGGUUGUUGCUAUGGAAACAUCAACAGGUAGGGUUGUUGCUAUGGAAAGGUCAACAGGUGAGCAUGUUCCUAUGGAAACAUCAAAGGAAAGUCCUGUAACUAUGGAUACAAGAGUAGAUACACCUGUUACUAUGGAAACAGGAGAUUGUGAUAUAGCUGACCAUGAUGAAAGGCCUGUCAGAAGUAACACCUGUCAGGGUUUGGAGACGCUUCCAUACACUCUUAUUCCAAUAGAUUUACCUGCUGCAACUCAAAAUACAACAGUGAAUCUUGUUGCUAGGGAUGUCAACUUGAACCUUAACUCUGAUGAAAAAGAACACGAGAUAUUCACAGAUGCCCCAGGAAGCCCCGUUGCCAUGGAUACACCUUCUAGUCCGAAUUUUUCAGAUUGUAUAGCAAGUCCUUCAGAAAGGACACCCAAAAUAAUCCCGAUAAGUCCUGAAAAAAUGCAACCUUUCUGUUCUCCAGAUUUUAAUAGUUGUGUUAUGAUUCCUUUGGAGGUAGAAGGAAACAGUUAUGAAAAUAUUUCCCUUGAAGACAGUCAAGUGACAAGUCAGGAUCCUGAUAGUAAAAAAAAUAUUGUUAGUCUAUCCCCACCACAAACAAAACGUAAGGUCCGUAGGUCUACAAAUACUUUUUUGAGUGACCGUGACAGUGAUGAUGAAAAACUUCUGAUAGACGUUUCAUCGUUAGACGAUAGCGGAUGUGAGGAAGCAGAUACUUGUUCUACAAGACAGCGUCAAGUCACGAAAUCAAAGUCCAAAUCAAAUGUCACCUAUGGAGGGAAGCCAAGCCCUUCUAUGGAAAUAAAUAGCUCGUUUUAUGAUAAAUCUGUUAGAGAAGAAGGCGGCAGAUCAACAAGGGUGACGAGGUCUAGGCAAUCUCUGGACGCUAUAAUGGCACAGAUGAAAUCAGGGAACGAGAAACCACUGAAGAAAGGUGACAAAGCUUCUCAAAAUAUUUCAAGUAACAGUUGUGAGAAAAAGCAUGCCACAGAGAGAUGUACAAGAUCAAAGAGUGAAACAAGUAUAACAUCGGCAGACGCAAGACCUAGUGAGGGAAGUUCUGGUACUAUCUCUAGUGAUAAAACUUUGUCAAGAUUCAGCAAAGCAAAGUCUUCUGUACCAGAAAGUGACUCUGACUCAUGUGUCUCUAUGGAUGUUGAUGUCAAAGGUCAAGGCUCUAGGGUUAAAAGAAGGUCAUCUAGACUCUCCACAGGAAGUAGUUCUAGUUACUCUGAGGUCAAGGACACUGAAAGUACUCUAAAAAUUGGUUCAAAGGGCGUGACUUCUGAAAUGAGUGCAAGUGAUGUCAAGAUCCAGGAAAUUGCUGCACUUCCUAUCGUUAGGAAAAGAGGGCGUCCAAGGAAGACACAACCAGUGCCACCUUCUGAUUCUACAGCUGAUCAGCAAGAAUCAAGACCCAAGCAGGAGCCUUCAGACACUGAAGCUACUAGUAUUGAUCAAGAGAGUAUCAACAACCCUGUUCCAGCCAAGAGGAAGAGAGGGAGGCCACCUAAACAAAAAGUUGAAGAAGCAGGCAGAAAUGCAGAAACAACGAGCAAUGUUGGAUCCAAAACUGAGACACAAAGUUUGGAUGUCUGUGAGGACAGCAAAAAAAAUCCAUCAUCCCAAACAGGGUCAAAGGUUAAGGCCCAAACAGUGGUAUCUGCUCAAAAGACACCUACGAAAAAACAGCAAGUCAAUAGGGUGAUGCCAAGACUUGUGGCAACUCUGAUACCAAAGACAGAAGGAACGGUUAGUAAAAACCAAACUCAGGUGCCAAAGGGCUCUGGUCCAAAGACAGGAACAAGGAGAUCAAAUUCCCGAGUCAGCACCUUUGACUCAAUUCUGAAAGGCAUGCAGAAUAUGUUGCACACACCAGAUCAAAACGUUAAAGAGAGCCAAUGUCAUCCGUCAGAAUCAGGCACUUCCACAUUUAAACAGCCUGAUAGUAGGUCCAAUGUCGCCUAUCACCUGUGGUCACUAGGGGGAUUCCAGGUAGUGGUCCGAUGUGGUUACCAUGGCACCAUUCGGGACAAUGUCCAGAAGUUGUCAAAAGUACAUUUAUGUACCAAGAUGGAAUACCAGUCAUCAGAGGGCCUGGAACAGACCACACCCAGUGAAGCCUGUAGAUCCUGGAUCUCGGGGUAUAUCCGGCCUCACUGUAAACUGCUCAGAGCUCGUAUUGAUCCACUCAAGUCGGAGCUCAUUGCACUGGAGGAAAUCAGCUUAAGUCAACUGAUAGGCUCACAGAAAACAUUCAGGCCUGGGGAUGUCUUCCUGAUGCUUCAAAAUAUAUUCCACAAACUCCAUCUACAGCCUCCUGGCCAGUAUCUUCUCCAUCAUAGUGCUGGAGAUAGAAACUGUAACAUCAAGAAAAGUACAGACAAGAAAAAACGGGGAUCGUAUGACCUCCAUUUUCAACACUUUGGGUUCAUGGCAUCAAACACGUCCAACAAAGAGAGUGUCCCUUGGCUGCCUAUAGACCCCACUAUCAUUCUACCUAGUCACCUGACCACAGGGAGGAUACCUGCCACCUUUGAACCUGCUGACUACACAACAUGGGUCCCACCCAAAAAGAGCAAGGGAAAAAAGAAGAAAAAACAAAAACAAAACAGAAAAUGAAAAAUUAAAGCAUAAUGUAUAUA